AGCAAACAACAUAUGGAAUAGGAGAAGCAGGAGAAGCAACAUGGGAGAGCUGCGUGUCCGCUCCGUUCUGGUGACUGGGGCCAACCGGGGAAUCGGCCUCGGGCUGGUCCGGCACCUGCUGGCAUUGCCAAACCCACCUGAGUGGGUCUUUGCAACUUGUCGCGACCCCAAGGGACAGCGAGCGCAGGAGCUGCAGAAAUUGGCCUCCAAGCACCCCAACCUGGUCAUCGUCCCGCUCGAAGUCACCGAUCCCGCCAGCAUCAAGGCGGCCGCAGCCAGCGUCGGGGAGCGCCUCAAGGGCUCGGGGCUGAACCUCCUCAUCAACAACGCUGGGAUUGCAAAGAUACAUUCAAUUGACAAUGAAACACUGAAGGACAUGGCCGAGGUGUACACCACCAACACCAUUGCACCUCUGCUGCUCAGCCAGGCGUUCCUGCCUCUGCUGAAGAAGGCAGCCCAGGGCAGCACGGGCUCGGGGAUGAGCUGCAGCAAGGCAGCCAUCGUCAACAUUUCCAGCAUUGGGGGUUCCAUCAAAGAAAUGUUUUCAUGGGACAUUACAAACUGCGUGUCUUACCGGUGCAGCAAGGCUGCUCUCAACAUGCUCACCAGGUGCCAGUCCAUGGGGUACCGCGAACACGGCAUCCUCUGCCUUGCUUUCCAUCCUGGCUGGGUGCAGACAGACAUGGGGAACUCAAGUGGACACACGGCCCCGCUGACAGUGGAUGCAAGCGUAGGAGGGAUGCUGAAGGUGCUCUCCAAGCUCUCCGAGAAGGACAGCGGGUCCUUCCUGGACUGGGAAGGGAACGUUGUGGCCUGGUGAGGUGCUGGCCCGGCCUCGUGCCUGGAUCCUGGCAGUGGCCCCUCUGCUGCUGCCUGAUCUCUGCUAAGUCCUCAGUAAAACCAUAUCUGACAACA